AUUCAACGAUGGGCAUCAUCACAAUGAUUGCGUGGUUCCGGAGGAGGUAGGCGUGGAACUGGGAAAGUAAAGCGGAGCAGGCGCAGAGGAGACACAACGUGGGGCACGACUCGGUCAGUAAAGACCACUGGAAUCAUAAUUAAUAUUUAUCAUUCCCUGCACUACUGUACUGCACACAUUCCCCGGUUCGCCCUUCCACUGUUAAAGUAUGAUUCUUUAUGGCUAGGUCGUAGCCACAAUCUUUUUGAUCUCAUCAGGCUCGGUCGGUUCCAAUUCCAUCGCCGCUGCUCCUCUUUUUCUGCCUUGUCCCCGCACCCUCUCAAGAAGCGUCAGUAACUUGUAGGAGCAGUGCAAUUAUAUAUCCAACAGGCACUGCCUCGCCCCCGCAACACAAAAGCAGCAGUUUAUUAGAAAAUGGUGUCGUACUAUCCUCAGGAAAAGUGAAGCAAAUUAAGACCGAGUGGUAAAGUUGGGAGGAAAAAGAUUGCAGCAUUUAAAGAGCAGGGUGUGCGUGACUGUGACCGGCCGGAGAGCAGCUGGGGCUUGACUUUGAUCAUCGAUCCAUGGAGAAUCAAGUACUCGAUCAACUUCCAUAUCACAUGGCUCACGGCUACGGAGGAGGAGACGGGGCCUGCAGCUUCUUCCCCGGAGGAGAUCAUGCGGCUGCUGCUAUUAACCCUACCAAUCUACCCUGGUCGACGUCUCUGCCAGCUUCAUUUCAUUCGACGAACCCAGCGGCUUCCCUCCACCAAGUUGAUCAGGACCUCGCCGUGUGUCCUGGUUCGCUCCCUCCUUUUGCCCCUUCCCUCUACGGAGCCGGCGCCGUGUACCCCAAUCCGUCACCUGCAGGGCUGAUGGAGUUAGCCGGCGGCAGUGCGUUUAUGGGGUUGAAUCGUUUCCUACGAGGGACGGAUAUUCAAGGCUCCUCCGCCUCCUCGUCUCUCUUCGGCACCAUUCACGCCGAGCUGGGGAAGUUAACGGCCCAGGAAAUCAUGGAUGCCAAGGCUUUGGCCGCCUCCAAGAACCACAGCGAGGCCGAGCGCCGCCGCCGCGAGCGCAUCAACGGCCAUCUUGCUAAGCUCCGCAGCAUGCUCCCCAACACCACCAAGACGGAUAAAGCGUCGUUGCUGGCGGAGGUCAUCCAGCACGUCAAGGAGCUGAAGCGGCAGACUUCGGAGAUCGCAGAGGAGAGCCCGCUGCCUACGGAGGCCGACGAGGUCGCCGUCGAAUCCGCCUGCGACGAGGACGGGAAGUUGGUGGCCAGAGCUUCGCUUUGCUGCGACGACCGCCCCGACCUGCUCCCGGACCUCAUCGCCGCGCUCAAGGCGCUGCGGCUCCGCGUCCUCAAGGCCGAGAUCACCACCGUCGGCGGCCGCGUCAAGAACGUCCUCGUCGUCUCUCACGCCGAGGAGCAAGACGACGAUCCGGACGAUGCUAUUGGCGACGUCGACGGAGGCCACAUUAAGCAGCAGCAGCUGAUGGCCGCCGUCCAAGACGCAUUGAGGGCCGUGCUGGAGCAGGCGACCAAGCACGAUCAGUCGCCCGGCGGAACCAAGCGACAGCGGACGGCCGGCUUAUCGGCGGCAGGUAUGAUCGAGCACAGCUGCAAUGUCUGAGUACUUAGCUUGCUGCUUGAUUAACUCGGCCGGUGGACAUUCUCUGCAGGGCUCUUGCAUGCAGGGAGCUAGGUAGCUAAAAAUAUAACAUAAAUAUGACAUAUAUUAAUUACAUAUAGUUUAAGUUCUUAAUUAAUCAAUUACAGCGGUGUGAUUUGGGUGUCUACGUACGUAGCUAAAUCAACAAGGUUUGUGUUAAUUUGCUUGUGAAUCUGGUAAAUUUUUAAAACCAGGAAUUGGCAGUGUGUUCUUGUGUACUUGCAAAAGUUUGGAAUGUACGACAAAUGGGCUUUUCUAUA